AUGUCCACCAACAAGCAGCUCGACCCCUACACCGCCAAGGCCGAGGACAACACGCACACGCCCCAGGAGAAGAUCCAGGGCCUCCACACCAUCGUGAAGGGCGUCAAGACGGGCAUGCUCACCACCCGCUCUGCGGAUGGCCGCUUCCAUGCGCGUGCCAUGGCUCCCGCCGGACCAUUCCACCCGGACCAGGUCAACCUGGUAUUCAUCGCGAACCGCGUGUCCGCGAAGUUCGAGGAGAUCGAGAACGACGCGCACGUGAACGUCGCGUUCUACGACGAGGCGACCACGAACUGGGCGUCGUACUCGGGCGUCGCCAAGAUCACGCAGGACAAGACGAAAAUCGAGAAGCACUGGAGCUCCGCCACGUCAGCGUGGUUUGGCGACCUCGGGGACGGCAUACACAAGGGUGACAAGAACGACCCGCGGGUGGCCGUCAUCGAGGUUAUUCCUGACGAGAUCCGGUACUGGAUCGCCACGCGGGGCAAGGUCGGCCAGGCUGUGGACAUCGCUGUUAGCGCCGUCACUGGACACACUGCUGCGCCUGGGGAGCUCAGGACUAUUACGAAAGCCGAGAUCCAACUUGUUCAGGGCUUAACGAGCGUGUAAAUGGAGGAACAAAC